GUAAAACCAAAGAAAAAUGCUUUUUGUAUUAUUAAUGAUACUAGCGUUGUCUUGCAACGUGCAAGGCGAUGAACGCUAUUCAAAAGAGUUUCAAGAGUUUGCUGCAAGAUCGAAAAACCACACGAACAACUGGGCAGUUCUGGUGGACACCUCUCGUUUUUGGUUCAACUACAGGCAUGUAGCAAACGUGUUAUCAAUCUAUCGCAGUGUCAAGAGAUUGGGAAUCCCAGACAGUCAAAUCAUCCUAAUGAUUGCUGACGAUAUGGCUUGCAAUCCAAGAAAUCCAAGACCUGCAACCGUAUUCAACAAUGCAAAUCAACACAUCAAUGUUUACGGAGAUGAUGUUGAGGUAGAUUACAGAGGCUACGAGGUGACUGUGGAGAAUUUCGUUCGCUUAUUGACUGGCAGAUUGCAACCCGGAACACCGAGAUCCAAACAGUUGCUCACAGAUGAAGGCAGCAAUAUUUUGAUUUAUCUGACCGGUCAUGGUGGAGAUGGUUUCCUGAAGUUUCAGGACUCUGAGGAGAUCACCAGUCAGGAGAUGGCUGAUGCUUUGGAGCAAAUGUGGCAAAAGCAAAGAUACCACGAGAUAUUCUUCAUGAUCGAUACUUGUCAGGCGGCCUCAAUGUAUGAGAGGUUUUAUUCGCCAAACAUUUUGGCUGUGGGAAGUAGUCUGGUUGGAGAAGAUUCAUUAUCUCAUCAUGUCGAUUCUUCUAUCGGCGUUUACAUUAUCGAUCGGUACACGUAUUAUGCGCUGGAAUUCUUGGAAAACGUGACUCCAAAUAGCACGAAAAGCAUGGGAGAAUUUUUGACUGUAUGUCCUAAGAGGGUGUGUAUUUCUACUGUUGGAAUACGUAAAGAUCUGUUCCGCAGAGAUCCAUACUCGGUCCCGAUCACCGAUUUCUUUGGAUCUGUGAGACCGGUGAAGGUGAUUUCUGGAGAUCUGGAUGAGGACAUCGUUAUUGUGAAGGACGAAACUGUUAGAACUGUGAAGACUGGACGUUACAGAUAUGUUCCUCCUUUGGUGAUAUCAUGAGAUACAUGUGAUAAAUUAACUAAAUGAUGUAAUCCAUAUAGGAUCAUUUGUAAUUGAAAAAAAUAAUUAGUUGAUUAAAGGAUCAGUUCGAA